AUGGUCUGGCUCCGAGCGCUGCCGUUGCUGCUGAUCGCCUGCAUGGGCACCCAGGGGCGGAACCAGGAGGAGAGACUACUCGACGACCUGAUGCGGGACUACAACAAGCACCUGAGACCGGCCGAACGGGACUCGGACAUCGUGAACGUCAGCCUGAAACUCACCCUCACCAACCUCAUCUCCCUGAAUGAGCGGGAGGAGGCACUCACCACCAACGUCUGGAUAGAGAUGCAAUGGUGUGAUUACCGUCUCCGCUGGGACCCCCGGGAUUACGAGGACGUGCAGGUGCUGAGGGUGCCAUCCAACAUGGUCUGGUGGCCGGACGUGGUGCUGGAGAAUAACGUGGAUGGCAUCUUCGAGGUGGCCCUGUACUGCAACCUGCUGGUGUCUCCCGACGGCUGUAUCUACUGGCUGCCUCCGGCCAUAUUCCGCUCUUCCUGUCCCGUCACCGUCACCUACUUUCCCUUCGACUGGCAGAACUGCUCCCUCGUUUUCCAAUCCCAGACCUACAGCGCCAAUGAGAUCGACUUGCAGCUGAGCCGGGAAGACGGCCAGACCAUCGAAUGGAUCUUCAUCGACCCCGAAGCCUUCACUGAGAACGGCGAAUGGGCCAUCAAGCACCGCCCAGCUAAGAAGCUGUUGGAUCCCCGGGUGUCCCCGGACGAGCCCGGGCACCAGCGGAUUGUGUUCUACCUCCUGAUCCAGCGCAAGCCCCUCUUCUACGUCAUCAACAUCAUUGCCCCCUGUGUGCUCAUCUCCUCGGUCGCCAUCCUCAUCUAUUUUCUGCCUGCCAAGGCUGGUGGUCAGAAGUGCACCGUCUCCAUCAACGUGCUGCUCGCCCAGACCGUCUUUCUCUUCCUUGUCGCCAAGAAGGUGCCCGAGACAUCCCAGGCCGUGCCGCUCAUCAGCAAGUACCUGACCUUCCUUCUGGUGGUGACUAUUCUCAUUGUGGUGAACGCUGUGGUUGUGCUCAACGUCUCCCUCCGGACGCCCCACACCCACUCCAUGGCCCGAGGAGUCCGCAAGGUGUUCUUGCUGCUGCUGCCCCGCCUACUGAGGAUGCACGUGCGACCCCUGGCCCCGCUAGUCCCCCACGACUUGCCACCUCCACCCCGGACUACCUCCCCAGAGCGAGCGGAGGUGUCUGGGGACGAGGCCGCCCUGUGGAUGCCACGGAGCGAACUCGUUUUCCAGCGGCGGAAAGAGCGGGAUGGGCUGGUGAAGGCUGCGCUGGAGAGAAUCGGGAAUGGGCUGGAGUUUGGACAGACCCAAGAGUUGUGUGUCAGUCUGAAGAAUGCAGCUCCCGCCAUUCAGGCCUGCGUGGAAGCCUGCAAGCUCAUUGCCCGGGCCCGACGUCAGCAAAGCCAGUUUGACAAUGAGAAUGAAGAAUGGAUCCUGGUGGGCAGAGUGCUGGAUCGAGUUUGCUUUCUAGCUAUGGUCUUGCUCUUCUUCUGUGGCACUGUUGGCAUUUUCCUUAUGGCCCAUUACAACCAAGUUCCCGAACUCCCAUUUCCCGGGGAUCCCCACACCUACUUGCCCUAA